GUUCACCACUUAACCAUUUAGUCUAGAGGAGCACCGAUGACGGUGUCUUUCGGUCUUGUCUUGCUCGAGCGGGAGGUCCAUAUAAUGCCUCUCCCUCCCUUGAUUUUGAUGCUUCCUUCUUGACUCUUCGAAAGUAGAAAAAUAAAGUUUGCACGUCUGACGACUCGUUCACGGGAGGUGUAUUUCCUAUUCAUUUAUAUUAGCAUCGUGCCAGACACAGUUUAAGAUACCCAGUUCCACUGAUACCCCCUUCUUUUAAAAAAUUAUACCCAGACUUUAAGUCCAACGUCGUAACCAUGUCUCAUCUUGCCGCCGAGCCCGAGUUUGAGCAGGCCUACAAAGAGCUUGUGGCCACCCUCGAGGAGAGCUCGCUGUUCCAGCAGCAUCCCGAGUACAGAACCGCGUUGAGCGUCGUUUCUAUCCCAGAGCGUGUCAUCCAAUUCAGAGUCGUCUGGGAAGAUGACAAGGGUAACCUGCAAGUGAACCGCGGGUACCGCGUCCAGUUCAACUCCGCUCUUGGCCCGUACAAGGGUGGCCUGCGAUUCCACCCUACCGUCAACUUGUCGAUUCUGAAGUUCCUCGGAUUCGAGCAGAUCUUCAAGAAUGCCUUGACAGGAUUGAGCAUGGGUGGUGGAAAAGGAGGUGCAGACUUUGACCCCAAGGGCAAGAGUGACAAUGAGAUCCGAAGAUUCUGCGAGGCGUUCAUGCGAAGGCUUUGCCAGCACAUCGGCGCCGAGACUGACGUUCCCGCUGGUGAUAUUGGCGUCGGUGGCCGAGAGGUUGGCUACAUGUUCGGCACAUACCGCAAGGAGAGGAACAAGUGGGAAGGUGUUCUCACCGGCAAGGGUCUCUCUUGGGGUGGUAGCUUGAUCCGACCAGAGGCUACCGGUUACGGUCUCGUCUACUAUGUCGAGCACAUGCUCAAGUACGCCGGAAAGGGCAGCUUCAAGGGGAAGCGCGUUGCCAUCUCUGGAUCCGGAAACGUUGCCCAAUACGCUGCUCUGAAGUGUAUUGAACUUGGUGCCACAGUUGUGUCUCUGUCUGACUCAAAGGGCGCCCUGAUUGCCGAGGGCGACGCGCACUUUACCCCUGAGCAUAUCAACGAGAUCGCAACCAUCAAGCUCGACCGCAAGCCUAUCACUGAGUUCAGCGGCAAGUCGCAAUUCAAGUACAUCGAGGGCGCGCGCCCCUGGGUGCACGUCGGCAAGGUGGACAUCGCGCUUCCAUGCGCGACGCAGAACGAAGUUAACAAAGAGGAGGCUGAAACACUAGUCAAGAACGGCGCUCAGUUCGUCGCUGAAGGUUCCAACAUGGGUUGCACGCAGGAGGCGAUCGACGUGUUCGAGGCCGUUCGAAAAGAGAAGGGCAACGACGCCAUCUGGUACGCACCGGGUAAGGCGUCCAACGCAGGUGGUGUGGCGGUUUCCGGUCUUGAGAUGGCACAGAACAGCAGCCGCUUCAGCUGGACGGAGGAGCAUGUCGACGAGCGCCUUGCCCAGAUCAUGAAGGGUAUCUUCGACCAGAGCAUCGAGAAUGCCAACAAGUAUACCGAGACCAAGGAGGGCGAGCUGCCUAGCUUGGUCGCUGGUGGUAACAUUGCCGGUUUCCUCAAGGUCGUCCAGGCUAUGCACGACCAGGGCGACUGGUGGUGAACUGCCUGACGUGGCUGUCAGGCACGACGUAUUAGUUGGAGGAACCGGGCGGCUAUGGUUCGCCCAUCACGUCGAAGGAUUCGCAUCUCGACGGGUGAGUCGCUGGACGAUCGUUGGAUUCGCGAUUGGGGGCCGCCGCGAUGUCAUGUCUCCGUGCAUGUGCGGACAUGGGAGAACUUGGC